AAAAGAAAAAGAAAAAAAAAAAGUAAAAGAAAAGAAUAGAAGACUAAAUUAAAAAAAAAAAAAGGAAAACGGAGAAGCUUCAAAUUGAAACAGAAGUACCGCCAUUUGUUUUCGUGGGGGCGAAGAAUAGAAUUAGUCUUUGCUAGGGUUUCCGCGGGCCCUCUUUCCCAUCCUUCAUCUCUCCCUCCUCUAUCGGAAUUCGUGGUUGGCCCGAAGAUGGAGCCCUUACGAUCGCUCAUGGAUAAGAUCAAAGGGUUCGCAAAAGCUGGCGAGGGCGUCCUGAAGGGCGCGUUCCGGAAAAGCUCCGAAAGCCCGGUGGAGAUGUUGAAGCAUGUGCAACGAGAAGCAUUUUCUGACUUAGUGAAGCUACGGGAUGGGCAGGAAAAAGUUGAAACCAUGCUUUCUGUCUAUAAAUUUGCCACAGGAUUUCCAUUCCUGGAAGCCAAAACACCAAUAAAAGGAUUUAUUGAUGUGGUUGGAAUUAUGUUGCUUGCUGGAGAUGAUUUCCAGCAGGCUUGUGGUGCCCUAGAUAGAGCAGGAACAAGAACAGGCAUUGAUUCAAAGUUCACUUUUGAGAUAGGUCUGAGACAGAAAGAUGCUCUAAUAGCUGAGAUUGCAACUAGUCAAAAAUGCUGGGUCCAUGACUGUGAGAGGUCUGAAAUUCCUUUGACACUUUCAGCAUUGAUGUAUGUGGCAAAUAUCAAUGACUGGCUAUCUGUUAUUUCAGUUCCCUUAGGUGCUCGAUGCAGCAAUUUUGGAAUUGGCUCAAACAUUUUGAAGGGGCGUCGUCGUGGUGGGAUUUCAUCAUUUGGACCCCCUGUAUUCAGUCAGUGUCAUAGUUUUGCUGCUGGUUUAAUUUUUAAAAGAUCAGAUGUUGAAGCUUGUUUAGCCGAGUUGGUUUCUGGGCAGGGGAUGCAGCACAGUGCUGAUGGUAAUGGGACUUGCUUGAGCACAUUUGCACAAGUUUCCUAUCAACCACUUGAAAAAACUAAAAUAAGUUUAUCUGGUCUCUGGCAAAUGUCUAGAUUACCAUGUCCGCUGAUCAAACUUGGUCCAUUUGCUAUUCCAGUGGGCAGUUCAAAGCAGCAGACAGGCUCUGACAUACAGAUGCAAGCACCUCCUAAUGCCACUACAAGGAACACAGUAGAUUUUAUCUCAUCUGGAUCCAUUGCUUUGAUGCUAGAUUCAGAGUUCGAUGAAAGAACCAGACUUGGUGGUUGGAUUGAGGUUCAGAAAAGUAGCCAUAAUUUCUUCCAGUGGGGAAUCUCUUUAUCUGACACCCCAGAUGAUGAGCUAGGAUAUGGUUUGAGAGUGGGAGGGAUUGCCAAAGGGCAUUUAGUAGAUCAGUUCCAGUUGGAAGGAUUUCUUAAUUACAAUCUUGGUAGGAGCCUUAACUUGCAACCAGGUCUUGUAUGGGUGAUGGAGGGGAUGACCCGAUCUGCUGCACUAGUGUUUCGGACAAGCUGGUUUAUGUGAUUGUUCAGAACCUUACGAUCAUCAUGCAAGAUAUAUGCUGGAAAGUGAUGGCCCCUGCCUGACAAAGAAAAUUUCUUGCACAGCAGGUUAGAUUGAUUCUGUUUUUUGAUUUGCGUGUAUAUUUCUCUACUUUUCUCUAGGUUUCUUAUGAUAGAUGACAAAGUACAAGCGAGAACAAGAAAACAUUGAAUUUCAUUAUGUACAUGUUUGGCACUCAGAGUGGAUUCCUGGUAUUUUUGUCCACUGAUAUAAUUAGCAUUACUGCGAUCUUGUUCCC